AUGCGCCUAACAGCAAGCCUGAUUCGCGGCCACAAGGCUUACUGUCGGAAAAUGGUCCAAAGGUAUGUCUCCACGUGCCAACCAGCGGAUCCGACGUUGGACAAGUGCUACUGCUUGGAGCUGUUUGGAUAUGCCCCUGACAGCACCUUGAACAAACAAGAGCUGAAAACCGCGUAUCUCAGGUUGGCGAAAGAAUUGCACCCGGACGUUUUACCCAGAGGACAGGAAGAUGGAGCAUCAUUCAAGACGCUGCAGCACUGCUACAAAGUGCUUUUGCAACAGGUGGAUAGACAGAACGAGCCGGAAUGGCUGCGCAAGAUGCGGGAAGACUAUGUCGAGGUUGAGAGGGGCGCGGGUUGGCGAACUUUGAAGUGCAGGUCAAGCAUCGCAGACUUCCACAAGAGUGUCGCACAAAGCUUGCGGACGGAUGGCAAAGGCGAUGGGGCUGCUUGGGUCGCGCCUACGGUGCAAGCAAAGGGUGCAUCUGGUGGUAACGUGGCUCUCGGCGCCAUACAGCACCUGGAAGACGGAUCAGCUUUGUUGCACGGGCAAGUGUAUGAUAAAGCUAGAAAAGGCUGGAGCCCUGUUCUGCUGAAACGCAGCGGCCUCACCGAUACCUGGCAGAGCGAGGAGUUGGCUCUGGAGUUGCCUUUUGGGAAGAUUGCGAAGCUAGCAUUACACCGCAACCGCGGUAGUCUUGAAGAAGAGUUGCCUUCUUGGCCGGCAAAUCUUCGGAGGUGCUUGGAAGCUUGGCCGUUGAAAGGCCCCGGCACCGUGAUCCUGGACCCGCAUUUCUUUGUGCAACGUGCGGCUGCCUUGGCGUUGCUUGGGCCAGGACCCGUUCUGUUCCCGAACGGAGCUGCUGCCAUGUCCUUGCCCUCUCUCAGUUGCAUCCAUGCUUUUGAGGAGGAGAUCGAUGGCCGAAGCCUCCGAAGCCUCCUGUGUCCUUCCGCCGAGACUUUCGAAGAUUUCUUAAGCGAAAUGCCUGCGAGUCUUAGAAGCGCACACUUCGACGUGGCGGCAGCCCUGGGCUCGGAGAAGAUGGCAGACUUCGUGGUCGUCCUCCAGGAGAAGCCUCUGGGGUUGGAGUGCGAGAGCCUUUCAUGGACCUGCGGGGCUGUGCUGCGCCGAGUUGAGCCCGGCACUGAGGCCGAGAAGGCAGGGUGUCGUGUGGGUGAUCUCAUCGUCAAGAUUGGAGACUCUGAAGUGCUGCAGACACCCUUCGACGACAUCCAGGACUUACUUGCUGGACCUGAUCCGAUCACCCUGAAGCUCAGUCGGCCAAAGCUAACUGACAAGAUUUACUUGCGAGAAGUCCCGGCUGCAGACGAUGCACUGUCAAGCCUUUCGAGCACGCAUCUGAGCUUGCAAAAAUUGGUGCCACGCUUGAGCCAGCAUAUGGGCACAAACUACCUGUACUUCUCGGAGCAGACACCCAUGCUUUUUGCUGGGGAUGGAGGCACUGCAUCCCAUCUCCACAUCGACCGUAAGCCCUUGAUGCAAUUCUGCCAUGUGCUGCAUGGAACGAAGGUGUUUUGUGUGUCGCCACCUCCCGGCAGAAAGACGGAGGGAGGCCCGGUGGUUCCUUGGGAGGCGAACGUGGCGUCUCACGAAGCCGUUCUCUCCACAGACACCGAACUGCCGGUAGAGGCUGGCGAGUGGCUGCAGCGGAAGGAUGUGACAUUGACCGUGGUCCGGCCAGGUGAUGUUUUCUUGUUUCUGGGCCACUCCCUCCAUGCAGGUUGCAAUGGAGCGUCGGAAGCGUGUGUGGCUGUUUUCCAUGGUGCUCAGCCGAUCUCUUACAUGGCGCAAGGGCACACGGGCAUCGCAGUUGCUGUGCUUCAAGCUGCCCAAAUUAAUUGCCUUCGGUUCGAGCUGGGGACUCGGCUGGGCGAUCCUCCAACAGAGCUUUGGUUUUCCAGCGCAGACCAGAUGUACGGAUUGCGCCUGAUCAACAACAACUAUGUCGCCAACGGCACCGGCAAGGCACUCGCCUCAAUCUCUGCAUUGAGCUGCGAUCACUUCGAGUUCCUGCGCGAGCCAUUGUGUUUGUCUUUGCCUCGCAUCCGGCGGUCAAGAAUGGGUCGGCCGGACGUCACCAUCGUUUACGAUCCCAGCUUCCGCGGUGGCAGGCUUGGGAGCGUGAACCAGAUGCAGCACUUCCCGAAUCCGCAAGCAGGGCCCGUGAAGCUGCGCAAGCUUCCCGAUACCGGCCUGGAUGCCCGAGAUGAAGGGUACAAGCAGAUUCUGAACUGUGGAAGAUCGGCCGGGGUGACUGUGAAGGAGGCCAAGGCCAAAAUCAACGAGGGCAGAAAGUUCAGGUUUCGGGCUGAUGCCAAGCAAACCCUUGGCACCGUCAUGGCCUUGAAAUCACUGCCAGCCUCUUCUCGAGAGUUGAUCCGCGCCUCCUCGGCUCCGAGCCUGAGCCGUGCACCCUCGAGCGCCAACUCCGCCAAGAACUUCAGGACACGCUGGCAGAUGCCUGCAUCUGUGCUGGACAACAGUGCUGCAGCCACGGCCACGGCCACGGACUGCGAGGAAGCCAACUUGGAGAAGAAGAGCCUUCUCCCAACCUAUUGGAGGCCAAAAGACCCUGCUUUGGAUUGGCCGGCUCCCGGAUUCUUGCACCCAGUCCACGGAUUCUCCAGGACGGACGGCGGUAUGCCGUGGCCAAACUGA